UCUAUUAAAACUCUUACGGGACUCGGAACGAAAUCGGAAAGUGCGGAUAUUUUGUGUCAUCGCCUCAAUUCAACAUUUUUUUUCUGUCAAUUCUUCUUUUUCUGGUGAAGAGCAUUUUAAUAGGAAAAGAUUUAUCAUAAAUUAAAUUGAGGGGGGAUAAAGUAGCGAACCAUUUUUAAGGGUAGAAUCUGUUAUUCUACGCCAGACAAUUUGUUAUUCUUUCCUUUUUCGUAAAACAAUAAACAUAUCGGUUUUGGAUUGUUGUUUUUGUAUAAAUUUUGUAAAUAAUAUUCAUCCCAAUCCGCGAGUGAGUGUUACUGAACCCGAAAAAUUCAAAAAAAAAAACAAAUACAACAAAAAUUCAGGAAGAUGAAGAAUGGUGAUUCUUCAGCAUAGGGGUUAGCGCAAGUCUCGUUUUUUCCUCCAGUUUGUGGAAUAAAUCGAUUUUGAGGUUAUAUUUUCUGGAAGAAGGCUAUACAGUGUAAUUUUUUCCUUCUUCCUUUUUCGAGUGAAAAAAAAAACAGGGAGUGGGGUGUGAUUGUGCUUAGUUUGCAGUUUUUUUUCCUUCGUUCGUUCGUUCUUACUUCUAAAUUUUUGCCAUUAGGAAAUUAGAUUAGAAUGUUGGAAAUUUUAUUUGAAAUUCAAUUGAAUUCAUUUUGAAAAGUGAAAAAAGUUUAAACGGUUUUUGCUUUUCCCCAAAGAGAGAAAGUUCGUUAAAAAAAGUGAAAAAAUAAUUCUCCAACCUUCAUCAUCAUGAAAACAGAAAUAAUGUGAGAAAUUGAUUUUUGAAAAAAAAAAAGGAUAUAUUUUUCGCCGAGACUGUGUUUUUAUCCUCCAAACUUCGUUUAAGGCUUCGCGUAUAUAGAACAAAAUAUUAUCGAUAAAACACUUUUUUCCGGCCCUCAAAAGUCUUCUGAAGGCUUAUAAUGGAGGACGAACUACGUUGCCCGAUAUGUAAGCAGUUGUUCGCGAAUCCCGUUCUCUUACCCUGUUAUCAUGCCCUCUGCCUGGCUUGUGCAAUAGACAUCCAAGCCGCCUACACACCGGCUGUGGCCGCUACCACCGCUAAUGGAAGCUUGCCCCCGGCCGUAACAGGUUGUGUCGCCAGCCAUCAUCACAGUCAUCAUCAUCCAAACUCAACGCAUCACUCAUCGACUUCCUCAGCCGCAAGUACAUCCAGCUCAGGAACCACAGAGAGCAGUUCGGACCAAGAUCAAGCCGACAAGGUUAGCAUUUUCAGUGAGGCCGAUUCCGGAGUUGUUUGCUGUACAUCGAGACCCGGUUCGUACGUUGGCACUCCCAAUCUCCAGGCUUUGCUCUUUCCGCCCUCUGGUGGCGCUGUGUACUACUUAAUCUGUCCACAUUGCCGCAAAGUCGCCUUCUUCGACGAGAGUGGAGUGCGGAAUCUGCCACCGUACAAGACAAUGGAGUCCAUAGUUGAUAGAUUUUGCGCACGUGAAGCCCUUCGCUGUCAAAUGUGCGAAACCGAUCCCAAAGUUGCUUCCCUCAUAUGCGAACAGUGUGAGAUACGUUACUGUGACGGAUGUCGCGAAUUGUGUCAUCCAGCCCGGGGCCCUCUGGCCAAACAUAAUCUCGUCAAGCCCACCGGGGCAGCUCAGCAACGGGAAUCCUUGUGCGCCGAACACUCGGAGCCAUUUACCUUGUUCUGUUUGAAUUGCAAGGGACCGGCUUGUGUGCAAUGUGUGACCGAAAACGUUCAUCAAUCGCAUGACGUCCAACCCAUAAUACAAACUUGUAAGGCACAAAAGACCGAACUGUCCCAUAACCUGCAACAGUUAUCAGAGAAGGCACGUUCAACAACCGAGUUUAUUCAACGAUUAAAAGGAAUGAGCGACAAAGUUACGGAAUCAUGCUUAGAGUUUGAAAAGCUUGUAACUGCACAAUGUGAGACUUUGAUACAAGCCAUACACGACAGAAGGGAAUAUCUGCUUGAGGCUAUUCGUAUGGACAAGGAUACAAAAAUAAGGAUACUUAAGGAUCAACAAUCAAAUUGUACUGGAAAAUUACAACAAACAACUGGACUGAUACAAUUUUGUAUCGAAGCACUUAAAGAGACUGAUGGCGCUGCUUUUUUACAAGUCGGAUCAAUGUUAAUUAAUAGGGUAGCAAAUACAGAUAUGACUUGGCAUCAGGAAGUCACAAAUGCAGCACCACGUGUAUCACCAGUCGUUGAUUUAACAUUAGAUGAUGCACCACUUUUAAGAGCAAUUGAUAAUUUAAGCUUUAUUCAGAUGAAACCUUCUAAGGAUGGAGAUGGAAGAUUGCCAGCAGCACCUUUAACUCCAACCGUGAUCCCAGAAAAUUGCUCGGCUGAAAAUAAUUCUGUAACAGUAGCGUGGCAAGCACCAAAUCACUGCUCUGUUGAAGGAUAUGUCCUUGAGUUGGAUGAUGGAAGCGGUGGUGAAUUUAGGGAAGUCUAUUGCGGAAAAGAAACAAUUUGCACAGUAGAUGGAUUGCAUUUUAAUUCAAUGUAUAAUGCAAGAGUUAAAGCUUUUAAUAGCAGUGGUGAAGGAGAAUAUUCUGCUUUGAUUGGACUUCAGACAGCUGAAGUUGCUUGGUUUACAUUUAAUCCCCAAUUAAGCGGAGGAUCUGGUUCUGGUUUAGUAUUCUCGAAUAAUAAUUCAACAGUUAUGGUAGAAGGAUGGGAACAUCGUGUGGCUUUAGGUUCAGUUGGAUUUUCUCGUGGUGUUCAUUAUUGGGAAUUCACUGUCAAUAAUUAUACUGCAGAUACUGAUCCAGCGUUUGGUGUGGCACGAAUUGAUGUCAAUCGCAAUAAAAUGCUUGGCAAAGAUGAUAAAGCAUUUGCUAUGUACAUCGACCGUCAACGAUCGUGGUUUCAACACAAUUCUAUUCAUGAGCGUCGUGUUGAAGGUGGCAUUACCACAGGCAGUACAGUUGGUGUUCUUCUCGAUUUGGAAAGACAUACAUUAAGUUUUCUAGUUAAUGAAAUGCCCCAGGGAUCUAUUGCUUUUCGAGAUCUUUAUGGAGUUUUCUAUCCAGCUGUUAGUGUCAAUCGUGGUGUAACUUUAACACUACACACAGCAUUAGAUGCACCACAAAUGGAUUAUCAUUAGCUUUCUCUCUAUAGCACUAAAAAAUCACAAUAAAACUGUCGAAAUUAUGCUUAGGAACAAAAUAAAACACAACAAAAAUAUUCCAUUAGAGAAGUUCAUAUAAUGUGCAGAACAAAAAUUAAAUAGUUUUAAAACAAAAAAUUAUUGAAUAAACAUAAAAAUUGGUAUCCUCACAACAUAUCCCCCUGCAAAAUGAUCUCGUUUGUUCACUUUUUUGUCUUCUAUUUAAAAUAGUGCAGAAUUAUUUAGUUGCAAUCGAAGAAUUAAAAAAUAAAUAAAAUUACGUACAUAAUUUUAGGAGAGUAAUAAAAUAUAAACAAAAUGAAUCAUAUUCCAUUAUUCUAUAAAGAUAUUUAUAAAGAAAAUAUGAUUUCCUAAAUAUUUAUUUGUAUUUUUAGGAAUUCUAUUGUAGUAAUAAUUUAUUACAUCAAGUAAAUAAAAAUAAAACCCACACCAGAUCAAAUUAUGCAAAUGAAAGAUAUUAUAAUAAUAUUUUUUAAAGUUGUGUUAGCAAUUAAGAAUUGUACAAAAUAAUUUUCAAUUAAUAUUUAAGAAAAAACAAAAACAUACAACACACGAAAUAAAACAUAAUAACUUUUAAGCACACUUUAAACAUAAUAUAUUCAAUGAAAAAUGCAUGUUGACAUUCAUUUUUUGCUUAAUUAAAUUAAAAUAUGAAUGUAAAAGGAUUUGAUUAUUUUUUAAAUAAGACAAGAAAAAUUUAAAAAAAAGAAACUUACAAACAUUUUUUAAUAAAAUAUUAUUAUAUAAUUGAAAAUUUUUAUUUAACAAUGUUAAGGAAAUGAAUUAUUAAUUUUAAACUUAAGAAAAUUUAAUCUAAAAUAAACGCCAUUAAUCUGCUAUAUGAUAACGAAGGAAAAAAAACAGUAUACAUCAUUAUAAUAGUCAUUAUGAAAUUAUGUUAGGUGAUUCAUAUUUAAAAAAUACAGGAAGUUAUGUAUGAUUAUGUAAAUAAAAAUUUAAUAUUUAAAAAUAUUAAUAAUAAUAAAAACUAGUAAUUUAUUAAAGAGAA